AUGAGUAACGUUCAUCCUUAUGCUUCUGACUAUACUGAAAAGGAUAGUAAUCCAGAUCUUAGUACUCAGGAAUAUAUUUUGCAACCAGAUGUGUCGCAUUGGCAAAACUUCAAAGAUUCGUUUAAAAGAGCUGACCCUAACGAUUCAUCGGACGAUGAAGGCUUAGAUGCUCUUGAGAGAGCUGUCAAAAAUACUGCCAAAACUUCUCUUCAAUCCAAGAUUGGCCCACUUGCACAAUCGUUGAUCGCUUUGGGUGGAUGUGUUGGUUCUGGUCUUCUUAUUGUCUCUGGUCAGGCUCUUGCCAGUGGUGGACCUGCGGGUGUGUUGAUCUCGUGGGCAAUUGUCUCUACCUUCUUAUAUUGUGUUAUGCAAGCACUUGCAGAAUUGUCCUCGACAUUCCCUGUCAGUGGUUCGUUUGCUGUGUAUGCUACCAGAUUCAUUGAUCCAUCUUUUGGUUUCGCUGCGGGCUGGAACUACGCCAUGUUUUGGGUCAUUGUGUUGCCUUUAGAAUUGGUUGCAUCCUCCUUGACAAUCAAUUUCUGGCAGCUGGACGUUAACUCGGUGGUGUGGGUGGCUAUUUUCUUCGUUUUGAUCAUCGCGUUGAACAUUUUUGGAAGCUCCGGUUUCCAAAACUUCGAGGUGUUCGCUUCCAUCAUCAAGCUUGUGGGUAUCGUCGGUUUCGACAUUUUGGCCAUUGUUUUGGUUUGUGGAGGUGGAAAGCAGGGCUACAUCGGCACUAAGCAUUGGAAACAUCCCGGAGCAUUUGCUCACGGCUUCAAAGGAGUGGUGAGUGUUCUUGUCACUGCCACAUACUCAUUAGCUGGUACUGAGUUGGUCAGUAUGACUGCUGCAGAAUCCAAGACAAACCCUAGAAUUGCUUUACCAAGAGCCAUCAAGAUGGUCUUCUACAGAAUCAUUAUUUUCUACAUGUUCACACUUACACUAAUUACGUUCUUGGUGCCUUCUAACAACAAAAACUUAACGGCUGGUUCAGGAGCUUUCGCUUCCCCUUUUGUCAUUGCCAUCCAGGCUGCUGGAAUCACCGCCCUUCCCUCGAUCUUCAACGUCAUGGUUCUCAUUGCGCUUUUGUCAAUUGGAAACUCCGCUGUCUUCGGAUUCUCCAGAACAAUUUUGUCUCUUGCAGAGCAAGGCUUGGCUCCAUCUAUUUUCAAGUACGUUGACAGAUCUGGAAGACCUUUGGUGGGUAUUGCCGUCAGUUCCAUUGUUGGUCUCCUCGCAUUCGUCUCGGCCUCUCCAAAGGAAGGUGAGGUGUUUGCCUGGUUGAUUGCGCUCUCCGCUUUGUCUACCUUGUUCACCUGGGCCGCUUGUACUAUCGCUCACAUUAGAUUUAGACAGGCUAUGAAGACCCAGGGUCGUUCUCUUGAGGAGUUGCCUUACAGAGCUAACACUGGUGUUUGGGGAUCCUAUUAUGCUACCAUCUGUUUGAUUGUCGUGUUGGCACUUCAAUUCUGGGUGUCUUUGUUCCCAUUGGGGGCAAAACCAGAUGCUGUUGCCUUCUUCAAGAACUACUUGGGUGCUGUCAUUGUGCUUGUCUUCUACGUUGGACACAAGAUCUACUCUCGCAAGUUUAACACCAUUGUUCCUCUCGCAACCAUGGACAUUGACACCGGCAGAGGAGAGACAGAUAUUGAUCAGAUGUUACAAGAUAUCGAGGAAGAGAAAGCACAGUACAUGGCAUUGCCUUGGCACCUUAAGGUAUACCGCUACCUUUUCUAA